CUGAACGCACCGUCCAACAUGGCGGCCCAGCGCAGGAAUUUGAUCCAAAGCCAUCAGAGCUGGACGGACGACCUGCCGCUGUGUCAGCUGUGUGGCGUCGGCACGGCAACCAACUGUGUGUACGGCGCCGAUGGGAAAGGAACGCAGAGCCACCCCAACGAGGACGGGCACCUGAGGUUCAGAGGCGAGGACGGCUGCUUCCUGUAUGGCGUCUUCAACGGUUACGAUGGCGGCCGCGUGGCGAGCUUCGCCUCCCAGUGUCUGACGGCGGAACUGCUGCUGGGGCAGCUGAACGCACGCCACUCCGACAGCGACGUGCGGCGCAUCCUCACACAGGCCUUCGACGUGGUGGAGAAGAGCUUCUUUGAGACGAUAGACGACGCUCUGGCUGAGAAGGCUCACCUGUCCAACUACCUGCUCCCACACAACGAGAAUGUGUCCUUCCACCAGAACCAGAAGGUCCAGGAGCGUCUGAAGGAGCUGGAGCAGGAGGUCUCAGGAGGAGCGACGGCCGUCGUGGCUUUGAUCCUCCAGGAGAAGCUGUACAUCGCUGGAGUCGGCUCAAACCGGGCCCUGCUGUGCAGGUCCAGCAGCGACGGCCAGAACCAGGUGCUCCAGAUCGGCCGACCGCACAGCACCGACAACGAGGAGGAGCUGCAGAGGCUGUCUGCACUGGGUGUGGACCCGGCCCGGGUCCGGCAGGCGGGUCAGGUGGCAGGUCAGAGCAGCACCAGGCGGCUCGGGGACUACCGGGUCAAGUUCAACUACAACGAGAUCGAGCUGCUCAGCGCGGCGGAGGCGCGGCCGGUCAUCGCUGAGCCCGAGAUCCACGGCAGCCAGAGCCUGGUGGGCGUGACGGGCUUCCUGCUGCUGCUGUCAGAGGGCCUCAUCAACGCCCUGGAGGCCGCGCACGGCCCGGAGCAGGCCAACCAGGAACUGGUUGCCAUGGUAGCGGCGGAGCUGGCCCUGCAGCCCGGCCUGCAGGCGGUGGCCCAGGCGGUGGUGGAGCGCGUGAAGCGGCUGCACCGCGACGUGUUCGCCUCCGGCCGGCAGCGGGCGAGCGACUGCUCGCAGCACGAGGACAUGACGCUGCUGCUGCGCACGCUGGACUACCCGCCGGCCGCCGGAGAGGCCACGCCCACGCAGGGUGGGCGUAUCUACCCGGUGUCGGUGCCCUACUCCAACAGCCAGAGCACCAGUAAGACCAGCGUCACGCUCUCGCUGGUCAUGCCCUCCCAGAACACCCUGACCAACGGGACCAGCACCGCCUCCACCCUGGAGGAGGGAACCCCCACGCCAGGCAGCCAGAGCCCCAGCGCCACCCUCCAGUCCUCCAUCACUCAGACCCAGAGCUCCAGCUCCAGCUCGGGUGACGGCAGCCUGUUCCGGCAGCGCGGCAGCCAGGCGGCGCAGCCGGACGAGACGGGCCGCGUGCCGCCGUACGUCGACUUCAGCCACUUCUACCGCCUGUGGGGGGGCGACCAGGGGGAGGGGGGCCAGGCCGGACUGGGACCGCAGUGAGGAGGAGGAGGAGGAGGAGGAGGAGGUUGAAAUGCUUUUAACCACCAUUAAUGGGAGUUAGCUGAAGACGAGAUGCCUGGAGGAAGGACUGAACAUUCAUUUAUAUUAUUUUAAAACUCAAACCUCCUCCCAGUAGAUUGUGACUCGCCCGCCGUGUGUUCUCGCUUUUUUAUUUAAAGGUUAUCAAAUAACCACAAAGACCAAAGUUCAUAAUGUGUUUCACUGGCGCCGCGGUGGAAGGCUCCUCCCCGUCCUGAGCUCAGAGGCUCCGCCUCUCGGUUCCUGAUCGGAGGACCCAGGAGGGGCGGCGCUCCGGCUGUCAGACUGGAGGUAACAUGUCACCACAUCCUGAACCGCCUUCAUCAUAAAGAUGAGAUUUAAAUGAAAA